UGACAAAAUUGGACCACCAGUAAAUGAACAGCUAGCUAGCAUUGUCAAUGAACUCCUUAAAGGAAAGCUACCCAGACAAAAGAUGGAGGACCUCCUGAACAAGUACCAGAAGCCAAAGAACUGUGGUAACCUCAUCUCACCAAAAGUAAACAAAGCUGUYUGGCUUCAGCUGAAGACAGAUACAAAGAAUGGGGACCAUGCAAUGCAGAAGGCCCAAAAGUUUCUCAUACAUUCGACUUAUGCACUACUGGAGGGUUGCCAAAAAGCCUCCGACGAUCUGCGGACUACGCUGCAUGUGCAUGCUCUGGUCCUGUUACUUUCUGGUAACAGGGAACUCAACAUCAGAAGACGGGAGCUGCUGAAACCGGAUCUGAAUGCACGCUAUGCUGCACUAUGCAAUCCAACCACACCAAUAACCAGCGAGUUGUUUGGAGAUGAUGUGUCGAAGGAGAUAGAUGACCUUUCAAAGGCAAACAAAUUAGGAAAGAAACUAGCAACGCCCAGUAGGAUUAAAAGGGGAUUCCACCCUUAUGGUAGCUACCGCAACAGAUUUGGUAGGGAUGUAUCCAGGCGCAGUGGAAACUCUGGCAGAUACCAAGAGCGCCAGCAGUCUUUUUUAGCAGGAAGACUGUCCUUCAAGCAGAAGCAAAACAAUCAGUCUGCUGCGAGGAAGGACCUCAACAAGUAACUCAGGUUAGCUACUUGAAUAGUMUYAACAAAAUAAUUGAAAACCAAAAACCCUUUAGGGGAGGUCAAGUGAGAAACCAUCUAGAACAAUGGAAACAGAUCACCUCUGAUCAGUUUAUUUUGGACUGUGUUGAUAAUUGCCAUAUCGAAUUUGWUUUUGAACCAUCACAAGUAAUUAACAGGAGUAAUGCCUGUGAAAAGUUCUCACCUGUAGAACAAUUAGUCAUUGAUGAUGAAAUUGCAACCUUCGUAAAGAAAGGAAUCAUAGAAUUGUCGGAACAAGAGCAAGGAGAAAUUAUUUCACCAAUUUUUGUAAGGCCCAAAAAGGAAUCAGGAAAAUUUCGAGUGAUUUUCAAUUUAAAAGAGCUAAAUGAAGCGGUUACAUACC